UCUCUCUCUCUCUCUCUCUCUCUCUCUCCCUCCCUCUUGAUGUUUGGCUGCUAGGGAAGAGCGCGUGUCUCCAUCAGCACCAUUUAGUCUGUGUGAGGAGCACCAGUGAAUCAGUAGACCCAACUGUGUUGGUCAGGGAGAGGUGGGCAGCUGGGUCAGAAGAACUAGCCCACGGAUCUCUCAACCCACUCCAAUAAAAGCUCCAGUGAUUUCUCCUCCCCCGUCUCCCUCACAGUGACCUGUGGCGUGUGUAGGAGCUGGCACCAACCAAACCACCCAAAGCGCUCAAGUGCUGUUUGGACCGAGUUCUUUGAGUGCGUGUUGACAAUCGAAAACAAGAGGGCAGCAGGUAUUAGAGCGACUCGCUUCUCGUGGACUUUUCUGUAGUUCUCAUCAUCACUGCUCUCUCAAUUUUGGAUUAAAUGAAAGGACCUUUUGUAUAAGAUGAGCGAAGACGCCAAGGAAAAAGGGACCGGCAAGCAAGCGCUACGCAAGAAGAAGGGCAAAAAGACUGACAGUAAUGCCAGUUACCUCAGAGCGGCCCGAGCUGGAAACCUUGAGAAGGCCCUCGAUUAUAUAAAGUCUGGUGUGGACAUCAAGAUCUGCAACCAGAAUGGGUUGAACGCUCUUCAUCUAGCAUCUAAAGAAGGCCAUGUGGAGGUUGUGGCAGAGCUUAUUAAACUUGGUGCAACUGUGGACGCCGCAACAAAGAAAGGCAACACUGCUCUGCACAUAGCAUCACUCGCUGGACAGGUGGAUGUUGUCAAGGAACUCGUGAAUAACGGAGCAAAUAUCAACACCCAGUCUCAGAAUGGCUUCACACCACUCUACAUGGCUGCCCAGGAAAACCACCUGGAUGUCGUCAAAUUCCUCCUGGAUAAUGGAUCCAGUCAGAGCAUUGCCACAGAGGAUGGUUUUACUCCACUGGCCGUAGCUCUCCAGCAGGGUCAUGAUCAGGUGGUGUCUCUGCUCCUGGAGAACGACACCAAGGGGAAGGUGCGGCUACCUGCCCUGCACAUCGCCGCCCGUAAGGACGACACCAAAGCAGCGGCGCUGCUCCUGCAGAACGACCACAAUGCAGAUGUCGAAUCCAAGAUGAUGGUGAAUAGAACGACAGAGAGUGGCUUCACCCCUCUCCACAUUGCGGCUCAUUACGGUAAUAUCAACGUAGCGACCCUGCUUCUGAACCGCGGGGCUGCCGUAGACUUCAAGGCGAGGAAUGACAUCACACCUCUCCAUGUGGCAUCGAAAAGAGGAAAUGCCAACAUGGUCAGGCUGCUGCUGGAGAGAGGAGCCCGAAUCGACGCCAAAACCAAGGACGGUCUGACACCUUUACAUUGUGGAGCAAGGAGUGGUCAUGAGCAAGUAGUUGAGAUGUUACUAGACCGUGGAGCACCCAUCCUCUCUAAGACAAAGAACGGUCUUUCACCGUUGCACAUGGCCACGCAAGGAGAUCAUCUGAACUGCGUUCAGCUCUUGCUUCAUCACAACGUGCCCGUGGACGACGUCACCAACGAUUAUCUGACAGCCCUGCACGUCGCUGCACACUGCGGACACUACAAAGUUGCCCAGGUCCUUGUGGACAAGAAGGCCAAUCCUAAUGCCAAAGCACUGAAUGGUUUUACACCACUUCACAUCGCUUGCAAGAAGAACAGGAUUAAAGUGAUGGAGCUGCUGCUGAAACACGGAGCAUCCAUUCAGGCUGUGACUGAGUCUGGACUCACGCCGAUUCAUGUGGCCGCUUUUAUGGGCCAUGAAAACAUUGUGACUCAGUUGACAAAUCACGGAGCGUCUCCUAACACGAUGAAUGUGAGGGGAGAGACGGCACUUCAUAUGGCUGCCAGGGCAGGACAGGCAAACGUGGUGAAAUUCCUGGUGGCGAAUGGAGCAGAUGUGGACGCUAAAGCCAAGGACGAUCAGACCCCGCUGCAUAUAUCCAGUCGUCUGGGAAAACCAGAUAUAGUCCAGCAACUACUGCAACAUGGGGCUUCACCUGACGCCACCACCACAUCUGGAUACACGCCGCUCCACCUGGCCGCCCGCGAUGGCCACAGAGACAUGGCAUCUAUCCUGCUGGACAACGGAGCAUCUCUAGGCAUCACUACCAAGAAAGGAUUCACUCCCCUGCAUGUUGCAGCCAAAUACGGGAAGAUUGAAGUUGCUAAAUUACUGCUACAGAAGCGAGCGCCACCUGAUGCAGCUGGAAAGAGUGGACUAACACCACUGCAUGUUGCUGCACACUACGAUAACCAGAAAGUGGCCCUCCUUCUGUUGGACCAAGGAUCGUCUCCGCACGCUGCAGCGAAGAAUGGCUAUACUCCACUGCACAUAGCUGCCAAGAAGAACCAGAUGGAGAUAGCAACCACACUGCUCGAGUAUGGAGCUGAUACCAAUGCCACGACACGCCAGGGCAUCAGUCCUCUCCACCUGGCGGCCCAGGAGGGCAAUGUUGACAUGGUCACGCUUCUGCUUGCCCGUGAAACUGCCAUCAAUCUGGGAAACAAGAGUGGACUGACCCCUCUUCACUUGGCGGCUCAAGAGGACAAAGUCAAUGUUUCAGAAGUGCUGGUUAAUCAUGGUGCCACAAUCGACCCAGAGACUAAGAUGGCAUAUACGCCCCUGCAUGUGGCCUGUCACUAUGGCAAUAUAAAGAUGGUGCACUUCCUCCUGAAGAACCAGGCUAAAGUCAAUGCCAAAACUAAGAAUGGAUACACACCUCUUCAUCAGGCAGCUCAGCAGGGUCACACACACAUCAUUAACCUUCUGCUGCAGCACGGAGCCUCUCCUAAUGAGCUGACAGUGAAUGGAAACACUGCCUUGGCUAUUGCCAGGCGCCUGGGUUACAUCUCUGUGGUUGACACGCUCAAAGUCGUGACAGAGGAGACGCACACUACUGUGACAGUGACGGAGAAACAUAAAUUGAAUGUUCCAGAAACAAUGAAUGAGUUUUUGGACAUGUCAGAUGAUGAAGUUCGUAGAGCCAAUGUACCUGAAAUGCUCAGUGAGGACUAUAUUUCAGAUGUUGACGAAGGUGAGGAUGCGAUGACAGGAGACACGGACAAGUACCUGGGACCGCAAGACCUGCGAGAGCUCGGAGACGACUCUCUCCCUCAGGAAGGAUACGUGGGAUUCAGCGUCGGAGCCCGAACGGCCAGUCUGCGCUCCUUCAGUUUGGAUAGGUCCAACACACUCAACCGGAGCUCCUUCACCCGUGACAGCAUGAUGAUUGAAGAGAUCCUGGCACCGAACAAGGACACGCACCUGGCUUUAGCAAAAGAUUACAACGCAGACUCAAUGAGACGCUAUAGCUGGACGCCAGACACUCUGGACAACGUGAACCUGGCCUCCAGCCCCAUCCAUUCAGGGUUUUUGGUGAGCUUCAUGGUGGAUGCCCGCGGCGGUUCCAUGCGAGGGAGUCGCCACAAUGGCAUGCGCAUCAUCAUCCCACCCCGCAAGUGCACCGCGCCAACACGUAUCACGUGCCGUCUGGUCAAGAGACACAAGCUGGCAUCCCUGCCGCCCAUGGUGGAGGGAGAGGGGCUGGCGAGCCGGCUGGUGGAGGUGGGCCCAGCGGGGGCUCAGUUUCUGGGCCCUGUGAUUGUGGAGAUCCCUCAUUUUGGGUCCAUGAGAGGGAAAGAGCGAGAGCUCAUUAUGUUAAGGAGCGAAAACGGUGAGACCUGGAAAGAGCAUCAUUAUGACUGCAAGUCUGAAGACCUCAUUGAGCUCCUCAAUGGCAUGGAUGAAGAGCUUGACAAAACAGCAGACCUGGAGAAGAAGCGUAUCUGCCGGAUCAUCACAAAGGAUUUCCCACAAUACUUUGCGGUGGUAUCACGGAUCAAACAGGAGAGUAAUCAGAUGGGUCCAGACGGAGGGGUCCUGACCAGCAUGACAGUACCUCUGGUCCAGGCCUCCUUCCCUGAGGGUGCGCUCACCAAGAAGAUCAGAGUUGGACUGCAGGCCCAGCCUGUUCCGGAUGAAGCUGUGAAGAAGAUCAUAGGAAAUCGUGCCACCUUCAGCCCUAUAGUGACAGUGGAGCCUCGCAGGAGGAAGUUCCAUAAGCCCAUUACCAUGACCAUACCUGUGCCUCCGCUGUCUGGAGAGGGUGUGGUGAAUGGCUACAAAGGAGACCCAACACCAAGCCUGCGCCUGCUCUGCAGUAUAACUGGUGGCACAUCGCCAGCUCAGUGGGAGGACAUCACUGGGACUACACCUCUCACCUUUAUGAAUGACUGUGUGUCCUUCACCACAAACGUAUCUGCCAGGUUUUGGCUUGCAGACUGCCAUCAGACCCCAGAGACUGUAGGUUUGGCCACCCAGCUCUACAGAGAGCUCAUCUGUGUGCCCUACAUGGCCAAAUUUGUAGUGUUUGCUAAAAUGAAUGACCCUGUGGAGUCCAGCCUGCGGUGCUUCUGUAUGACAGACGAUAAAGUGGACAAAACCCUGGAACAGCAGGAGAACUUUGAGGAGGUGGCCAGAAGCAAAGACAUUGAGGUGCUGGAAGGGAAGCCCAUCUAUGUGGACUGCUAUGGCAAUUUGGCCCCUCUGACCAAAGCCGGACAGCAGCUGGUUUUUAACUUCUAUGCUUUCAAAGAAAACAGACUGCCGUUCUGUGUGAAGAUCAGAGACAGCAGCCAAGAGCCAUGUGGCCGCUUGUCCUUCCUCAGAGAGCCCAAAACUUCCAAGGGUCUCGCUCAGACUGCUAUCUGUAAUUUAAACAUCACACUGCCAGGACUCAAGAAGGAUGUGGAUUCAGAUCCUGAGGAAGAGACUGAAAAGCCAGAACGACGUCAUACCUUUGCAUCUCUAGCCUUACGUAAGCGCUACAGCUAUCUGACCGAGCCUGGAACGAAAACAGUUGAACGAAGUACAACAAGAACACUGCCUGCUGGUUACGCUCACAAACCUGUCUUUUCAACAAGAUCGUACCAGGCAUGGUCGACUGCUCCUAUUACCGUCCCUGGGCAAACAAAAUGUGGACUGGGUUCCCUCUCCAGUUCACCUUCCAACACGCCAUCUGCUUCGCCACUAAAGUCUGUGUGGUCAAUUUCCUCUGCUUCUCCAAUCAAGUCCACCCUAGGAACAUCGAAUGCUUCUCCUGCAAAAUCAGUUAGCGAUGUAGCAUCACCCAUUAGAACAUACAGAUCUAUGUCAUCUCCAAUAAAGGCUGUGGUUCAGCAACCUCAAAACCAAGUUCAAAUUUCCUCCAGGCUCCUGUCUUCGCCGGGUAACUCUGGCACAGAUCCGGUGUUCAUUAAGGGGCUCACUGCUUCAUUGUCCUCAAGAGCUAACUUGAUUUCAUCACCUGGAUCCAUGCUAGACAGAACUUUCACCACAGUGACGCAAGCUGAUUCUAUAAAGUCAGCCACAAAUGCAUACACGUCUUUAUCAUUCAAAUCCACCCUGGCCCCCACAAGUAUAGCAGCGUCCUCUCCCAUUCGAAACAUAACAAGCCUGUCCUCUAUUAAAACAACCACAGAUGCAUCUAGGGGUACGAUGCUGUCAUCGCUUUCUUCAUCAGCUAAGCCUACAAUAUCCAGUACUGAAACAGUCCUGUUAAAUGGAUCCAUUUCACCGAUAAAAUACCCCUCAUCCUCCUCUGCAUCUUCCCGUCUGUUUACAGGAGGGGUUUACAGCUUACAAGAACGGAUACAGGCCACAACUCAAGCAGCUACGGCCAGUGUUGGUGCAGCCUUCAGUGAGGCUGAGAAAACACUUACUGCUGGCUUAACGUCAAACUAUAGUGCACUAAAAUCUGUAUCUUCACCUUUAAGAUCAAAUUUAUCAAGUUCUGUUUACGAUACCCUUAGAUCACCAGCCACUACCACCACAUCAGUAUCAUCCAUUUCCAUGUCCGUUCCGGUAUUCUCCGUGGUCAAUGUGCUCCCUGAACCCCAGGGGAAGAAACUCCCAGAAAAAAUAACAAUCACACCUCAGACACACACCCAAGCACAGUCCUCAACAUCACGAAUUAAACCCUCAAAGCCCUCACUUUUUAUUUCCCCAACAGUCCUCAAAGCUGCUACCGCACCCACAUUGACAUCCAGUCAAGAGAUUCUUAAGGAUGUGGCAGAUAUGAAGGAAGAUCUGAUAAGAAUGACUGCAAUCUUACAAACUGACUCGUCAACCGCAGCCAAAAGCUUCCACUCGCAUGUUUCUAAAGAGUCCAGGAUGGAGGAUGAAGAGCCUUUCAGUUUGGUUGAGAAAGUUAAAGAGGACCUUGUCAAAGUUAGUGAAAUUCUCACAAAAGAUGUCCUGAGCGAGGCCAAAAGCUCAAGUAAAGACAGGGCCUCAGAAGAUGAAUGGGAAGAGUUCUCCAAAGAUGAAAUUGAGGAGGCACGACAGAGUGCCCUGCGUUCCCUGCCAACAUUUGAACCAACCCUUCCUGUCGGGCCACAGUCAGUGCCAGACAAAGAUCUCAAUUUAGCUAAAGUGGUUGAUUACUUAAUGAAUGAUCUUGGUGCCAGUUCCCUUUCAAAAAUAGAUGAUGUAAAGAGCAGGUAUGAUGAAAUAAAGAAGGAAGGGGAGGAAAAACAAAAGCGUACCAUGAAACCGGAGCACAAGCUCAAAAUGCCACCCACAGGUAUGCGGACCUCUCCCUCAGAGAAAGACUUGAGUAAAUUAGCAGACACCUAUAGUGGCACAGAUGCUAUCCUGGAAUCACCUGAUGACUUUUCCCAUGAACAAGAUAAGAGUCCCCUCUCAGAUAGUGGGUUUGAAACCAGAAGUGAAAAGACCCCAUCAGCUCCUCAAAGUGCAGAGAGCACAGGGCCCAAACCCCCCUUCACAGAUGUGCCUAUUCCCCCUGUCAUAACAGAAACCAGAACUGAGGUUGUUCACGUCAUCAGGAGCUAUGAACAUCCUGAGGAGGUCUGUGAGCCACUAAUGGAUGAGGCAGCAGCUUUGAAGCCUCCGCUUGAGCCUGAGCCAGCAGUUAGCUCGAUCAAAGAUAAGGUAAAAGCCUUGCAGAUGAAAGCCAGCUCUGAGGAACUGGCCUGCGUCAAAGAAGAAACUCAUAUCACCACUACAACUCGAAUGGUCUACCACAAACCUCAACUGAAAGAUGCUGGCUCUGACAGGAUUGAAGAAACAAUGUCAGUCCGAGACUUAAUGAAAGCUUUUCAGUCUGGAAGAGACCCUUCCAAAGAAUUUGCCGGUUUAUUUGAGCACAAAGCUGGCCAAGAUGCCAUUAAAGGAGAUGAAUUGUCGCCACGGUUCCUCGAAAAGGACAAAAAACCAAAAGUUGAGAGAAUUAUUGAGGUGCAUAUAGAAAAGGGCAACACAACUGACCCGACAGAAGUUAUAAUCAGAGAGACUAAAAAGCAUCCAGAGUUUAUAUGCAGGAGUGACCAAGGUCUCAAAGAGCUUGUUGAAAGGGUUGAUGGUGAUUAUGAGAUUCUUCAAGAUGAGGAGGAACUUACUGCUGAGGAAUCACUGCCGUCCUUCUUAGACACAUCCAGAGUCAAUACACCUGUUUCUCAAGAAGAAGAGUCUCGUCCCAGUUCAGCUCAGCUUAUUGCAGAUGAGUCAUAUAAAGCUUUAAAACUUCUAAGCCAGCAUUCUAUUGAGUAUCAUGAUGACGAGUUAUCUGAGUUGAGAGGGGAGUCAUACAGGUUUGCUGAGAAAAUGUUGCUCUCAGAUAAAUUAGACAUAUCACAUUCUGAUACUGAGGACUCAGUGGCAGACCAGGUGCAUAGCGUAGCCACUGAGGUACAUGGGGCAGAAGGCAUAUAUGGAGAAAAAGUAGCUGGCCCCAGGAAGGAGUCCAAAUUAAAGUCAGCAAGGGAUGCAUCAGACAAAUCAGGUAAAUAUCCCCCACAAGAUGAGCAAUAUGACAAAGUUACAGUAUUACAUUAUACCACAGAACCCGGUAGCCCUAAACAUGCAGUGUGGAUGAGAUUCACCCAGGAUAGGCAGGACAGGAACAGAGAGAAGCUCAUAUAUGAAGAUAGAGUAGAUCGGACCAUUAAAGAGGCAGAGGAGAAACUGAGUGAGGUUUCACAGUUUUUUAGGGACAAAACUGAAAAGUUAAAUGAUGAGCUCAAGUCCCCUGAGAAAAAGAAACCGACAAGAUUAUCAAGAGAGACACGGUCAGGGCCGAGCUCAAUGUGCAGCAGCCCUGAGAAAAAGCAAAAGACUGCAGCUGAGGAAUGGGACAAAGGCAGACAGAAGAUGUUUGGCAGCACAAACGAAAGGACAAGUGCAAGUCUGCCAAACAGUCCUGAGAGGCAUAUGCUGUCACAGUUCAGUGAGGACAAACCAAAACAGCACGAAGAUCCUAAGCAGGCAAAGACAGGUGAUGCAGGCCCCCCAGUCCCAGUUAAGACUUCUAGAGUGAGUUCUGUUCGACAAAAGUUUGAAAUAGAAGCGCAGAAACAGGAUCAGAAUGUGCCUCUAACACAGUCAAAACAACCAGUUAAGAAACUACCAGAAAGUAAAUUACCAGUGUAUCAGUUUUACGCUGGUUCAAAACCCUCAAAAGCUGAUUCCACAGACGAAGGACACCCACCUGCUAAAAAACGAACAGAAGCCGAUAAAAGUAAAGUAACCCCUCACAUUAGCAGCAGUACUAUUGUCUCAAAGCAGUCAGGUGAAAAAUGUUUACCUGAAAAAUCUACCACAUCAGAUAAUGUUGUUAAAAGAGCCUCACAUUUUGAGAAAAUGAAAGAUCAAGAGUUUGAUCAAACUCGGGAGUUCUCUACUAAAGCUGACUCUCAAGAUUUGAAAGAUGGAAAUAUUGCAGACAGGCAUAGUGCAAUUAAUGAUAUUAAAGAGCAGCAGUAUUUAAAGAGUGACAUUAAAAAUGAGACCGUUAAAACAGCUUCAUUGUCUAAGGAUAAUAUCAAUAGGAAUGACUUUCAGAUAAAGACCCUUAAGAAAAAGACAGAAUCUCAUAUUCCUGUGAGAACAUCACCUGGUUCCUCAGGCAAUAAUCAGUCAAAGAAGGCAAAUCAAGACACAUUAACUAAAUUAUCUGAAAAGAGCCCAUCGCACAUACCUACCCUGACCAAAGCCAGGGUUCAGGGCCGUUCAGAGUUACAGAGAGAGCAAGCUGCAACAAAUAAGUCUGAAGAAGUCUCUGCUGAAAGUAGAACAACAAGUGGUCUAAGUGGCACUAGUUCGGUCGAAAAAAUAUCCACCGUUACAACAAGAGAAAGUUUCAAAGGGCUUAAAACUUUACCAGUCUAUGUAAGUGUUCAAGUAGGGAAACAGUCUGACAAAGAAAUGGGAGGAGGAGGAACCAAUGGAACAUUCAAAAAGAUGGUUAGCUCAGAAAGUCGAACAAUUUAUGCAGUUAAACAGAAACAGCCCACAUCUCCUCAAGGCAGCCCAGAUGAUGACACUUUAGAACAGUUCUCUUUUAUUGAUAGCUCUGGCAAAAGUCCUAUGACUCCAGAGACACCAAGCUCAGAAGAGGUCAGCUAUGAUCUCACCUCGAGAACCCCUGAUCCAUUUAUUGCAUUUAUGCCAGGUAUUGCAAGCCCAAUAGCUGAGGUUUCAGAGGAGUCAGAAGAUAGUGAGCAAGGCAAAGCUAUUCAUUUGAAAGAAUCUGGACCAGAAAAAAGAGCCAAUGGUAAGCACGAAACUGGCCAGGAGACAAAAGACAAAAGAAUUGCAUAUAUAGAGUUUCCUCCUCCACCACCCUUGGAUUCUUAUUCCUCACAGCCUGAGAAAAAAGGGUCGACUCCUUCCUCAGAGGCUGAGACUGAAUUGAUGGAAGUAAAUCUCCAAGAGGAGCAUGAUAAACAUCUUGCUGAACCUAUAAUAAGAGUCCAGCCUCCAUCUCCUGUGCCCCCAGGAGCUAAUGAUAGCGAUUCAAGUGAGGAGGAGGAAUCUGUCUUUAAACCUAUUCCAAUAAAGAAAUAUACCUUUAAGAUUGAUGAGGACAAAGAUUUGAAGAAAAGCCCAUCCAAAAAACCUGACAAGAAUGGGAACGAUAAAGAACAAGGGGAAAAUGGUAAUGGAAAAGCAGAAGAUUAUGAUUAUGAACAAAAUGGCAAUGAUCAGUCCAUCACAGAUUGCUCAAUAGCGACAACGGCAGAGUUCUCUCAUGACACUGAUGCCACUGAGAUUGACUCUCUUGAUGGAUAUGAACUUCAAGAUGAGGAUGACGGCUUAAGUGAACCUAUUGCCAAACCAUUUGGAUUUCCCAAUGAAAACAGAAAGGAUAUUUGGGCAUCAGAUAAUAUGUCUAGACCAAGUGACCGUUGCCAAAGUAAACUUGAAGUAAUUCAUGAAGAAUCACCAGCUGAGGAUUACAAAAAGACCAAAGCUAAGACUGAUCCCUCAAACAAAAGGAAUGGAAAGGACAGUGAAAAGGAUGGAAAACAGUCUGAUCAAGGAUUGUCAGACACUUACUUUAGUUACAAGCUAGAUGAGGAGUUUAAUACUCCUUUCAAAACUGUUGCAACAAAAGGCUUUGAUCCUUGGUCAAGCAAGGGAGGAGAAGAUGAAGUAGUGGACGCUAGAAUUAAAGAUGAUGAGCCCAAGCCGUUUGGGCUAGCAGUAGAUGACAAGUCUACAGCAACAACCCCUGACACAACUCCUGCAAGAACUCCAACCGAUGAAAGCACACCAACUAGUGAGCCAAACCCUUUCCCUUUCCACGAAGGGAAGAUGUUUGAGAUGACCCGCAGUGGUGCGAUUGACAUGAGCAAGCGGGAUUUUGUUGAAGAGAGGCUGCAAUUUUUUCAGAUCGGUGAGCAUACAUUAGGAGGGAGGAUAGGGGAUGGGGUCAGAAAACCAAAUGCAGUCACCUCAAAUCCACAGAUAGUUGAGAGAGCACAAGUUAAGAUGGAGGACAACACGGCUAUAUCAUACAAUAUCAUUCAGAUAUGCACUGACCACUCAGACACAUCUAAUGACAUGGAGCCUCCCCCCUAUUCAGAAGUCAGUUCUUUAUGUUCGUCUUUUAAGGUAGGACUCAAAUCUUCCAACAUUGAGAGGAGAGAUUUUGUUUGUGUAGACUCGGAUAGUUCACAAGGUCAAACACCAGAAACUGCACAUCAAGUAGGACCAGACACCUAUAGAACAAGCAAGUACAAUCAGAGGACAGACUCAUCGACAGAGCCACAAACAUACCUCCAGACAACUUCCAGUAAUUCCAGAAACUGCAGUAAUAAUGCUAAUCUUGAGGCCUUAAAUGCUGGAACACACUGCUUGCUACAAAGCGGCAUACAAACCGAACAGCUGUUAAUGUCUGAUCUUUGCUCAGUUCAAUUAAUAAACCCAUGUGAAGAUUCAGUCAGAAAGGACACUGGUACUUUCAGGGAUGGCAGUACAAAGAAUAAUGAUGUAAUCUCCAAAUGCAAAGACAUUACAAGAAAGCCACCAAAGUCUAGGUUGCCAGUGAGAGCACCUCAUCCACCACUGGGUUGUAAAAAAUAUCUAAUAUCUUCGAGACCAAUUCAGAAGAUUAGACCAGUAGCCAGGAAUCGAUUAGAUCCAUUCCCAGAUGUGAAGCCUAAAUCUAGAAUCCCAAUGAUGAAGGUCAAAAAUGUUAGUUCCUCACCAAUUGGGAAAUGUAGGACCAUCACAAUAGCCAACCAGAAAGGUAAAGCACAGCCAACCAAAACGAUAACCACCAACAAAAGAUCAAAACCCGGUCCAGUGAGUAGAUCAGGCAGUAAAUGUGAUCAGGAACCCCUAUAUGAGGUUGGCAAAAGUUCUAGUACUUCAAAACCUAGUAGUGCAGUAAAGCUUGUGGACUGCCUUUCCAGUGAAGAGAAAAAGAUGCAGGCAUAUGAUAAGGAUGAACAAAGCAGCACAUCAAGGAACACAUCUUUAUCAGAAGCGUCGCAGCCCUCCAGUACAUCCAGGUCUGCUAGAGACGUGAGAUCACAGGUUGAGCAGUCCGGCAGAGACAGGAGGAGGAGGAGUAGGAGGACUGAUGGAGGUGAAGGCAGUCAGGGUGCUGGGCCUCAAGUGGCCCCCGGCGUGGAGAUCAAGCAUAGCCCUCAGAGCCCCUGUGAAAGAACAGAUGUACGUAUGGCAAUUGUGGCAGAUCAUCUUGGCCUGAGUUGGACUGAGCUGGCCAGGGAAAUGGAAUUUUCGGUUGAUGAGAUAAAUCAAAUCCGUGUGGAAAACCCCAACUCAUUGACAGCUCAGAGUUUCAUGCUAUUAAAGAAAUGGGUUAGCCGAGAUGGUAAAAACGCUACAACGGAUGCCUUAACUGCAGUCCUGACUAAGCUCAAUCGGCUGGAUAUUGUGACAUUGCUGGAAGGGCCGAUAUUUGACUAUGGUAACAUUUCAGGCACAAGAUGUUUUGCAGAUGAUAGCGCAGUUUCCCAGGAGCAGGCUGAUGGUUACCACAAAAUUGAGCUGGAGCUCAAGAGUCCCUCAGAGCUGACCUAUGAGCCCCCUACCCCUCUGCGUCAAGAUGAUUUCUUUAGCGAGGACAUUAGGCUAAAGUUCCCCUCUAGUGCCCCUGUUAGACCCAGUGAACUGUCCUUGCCAAGCACUAGUGGCCCAGUGUCUGCAGAUGCCAAGCCGCCUGCCGUCAUGGCGGAGGACACCUCUAUUGGAGGCCGAGAGUCUGUUAGCCAAGAGGAUGGGUCAGCUGAAGAUGAUUUUGGUGUCAGCAAAGAAUCAGCAGCCAACUCGGAACAACGUGACAGUGAGGGAACCUCAAAAGAAUCACAUGUCUUCCCAAACAGUCCAGUAAAAGAGCAGAAGGAAGUACAACCUAAGCUUCCCAUUUGUGUAUCAGUCAGCGAAGCUCCUGGAGAGAGUGGCAAGUCUGGGUUUGACGAAGAAGAUGAAGAGAUGACCCAAGAGAAGAUAAAGUCUCUCUUGGAGAACAUUAAGUUGGAGGAAGGCUCAGAGGAUGAGGAGAUGACUGAGGAGAGGCUGCAAGCGAUCCUCUCUCAAGUGCAGCUGGCAGAAAAAGACAUGUCUUCAGUUUCAGGUCUGCAGAGUGAGACGUCCAGUACAAACGGGAAGACGGCAACUUUGGGCCAAGGACUGAAUCCUGAAACACAAGGGCAAAGAGAGUCCAGCCAAGAACUAACGUCAUCAAAACCUGGAGUGCAAACUGAGAGGCAAAAUGGGGAACAUCCAGAGCUCCAAGCCCAAGUUCGCUUGUCACCAGACGCGAGUGAGUCUUCCAGCAAACCAAAGGGCAAAGCUAGGAAAGACUCAGGACAAGAAGAUGUAAGCAGUGAGGCUCUAGAGGACAGAGGACCAAACAACAGGGGGGAGGACAUUUCCGAGCCUAAAGUCCAGCAGGAAGCUCGUAGAGAUAAUGAAUCCAGCUCUGAUGAGGAAGAAACUGUCACCACCAGAGUGUAUCGGCGGAGAGUGAUUCUGAAGGGUGAUCAGGCCAGAAACAUCCCUGUUGAGACUGUGACAGAGGAGCAGUACACAGAUGAAGAUGGAAACACGGUCACCAGAAAAGUCAUCCGUAAAGUGGUGCGUCGCACAGCUGGUGUGGAAGAGAAAGGCAGGAGAAAGCGUGGGAAGCGUUCCCGGCAGGCCAAUAGGGCCGAGCAGGAGGAACAGGGGGGCCCCGGGCCCCACAGAGAGCAUACUGAGCCUGGAGAAGGAGGGAAGGGCAUAAAAAAGGAAGGAAGACAAAGGGAGAAAAUGGGUCAAUCGUAACAGUUGUGCUCUUUUUGAUCUGAAAGUGUUUCAAAACCAUUUUCUUACGAGGAGAAUCACUGGAAACGUGCAGGAGGUCAGGGGAUGAGGAUCGUGUGUCCGCAGCUUUCAUAAAAACAAACGGCUUUCAGCCAGACGGCUUUUGAUUUCGCAUGAGCAUGAAAAAAAAAAAACUUGUUUCUGUCAAUAACACCGAAUGGCUAACGGUCGAGAGGACUUUGUUGGUGUGACGUUUCGAUCGACUGGGGGCGUCCGAUACGAGAGACCAAAGAGGCCACGAAACAUACUGCAGAUUGACAGAAAAGGAGGGACUCGUUCGAAUCACCUUCUACACUCGCCUUACAUUUUUUUCCUCUCGGACCCAUGAUGUCAGGGUGUAUAAUGCUGUUGGAGCUUAUGAUGUACAUAAAUUACACUGUAUAAAUUUGAAGGUGGCUCACAAUAUUGGUAAUGCACUGGCAAGUGUGUAGGAAUGAACUACCAAUUCUGAUUCCAAUUUUAAGGGAACGCUUCGGUGUAACGUCACAUGCACUUGUAUAAUUAUUAGCAAGAAAAAUGUUUGUAAAUGAAAAAAAGCCAGCUUGAUUUUAACAACGGAUGUUUCUUUCAAACCUACUGCGGUUUUCAGUGGUAUGAACAUUGGAUCCGCUGUAGUUCUGUUUAGAGACUUCUUCAGAGUACUAAUAUUUUCAUGCAUGUGAUUCACUUUAUUUAGAUUUUUCUAAACAGCAUAACACACAAGAGAAGGGGGAAUGAUGUUCUGUAUGGAUGCACUCACAGCCUUGCUAAUGCUCACUUUUUUUUUUUUAGAAAGAUGGCAGUAUCACACCACCAUUGUUCAGCUUCACUAAAAUACAUUGUGUCCCAUCACAUCACAGCGACACGUUCCCUAUGCAGUUACAGAUCUGCAAUCCGAACGCUCACCGGUAUGGAACUUUUAACUGUUCUCAUGUGUAUUGGCUCUAAGAUGUAGAAGUCUUUCUGUCAUUUGUAAUCAUUCUA